GGGGUCGGGGGGGUGAUGAGGUGGGGGACCUCAUCCCGGUGUGUCCCUGCAGGGCUGUGGGUCAGGAACGGGACGGGGCUGAUCCGCAAGGAGGGCCGGCAGCUGUACUGGACCUUCGUCUCCUCCCAGCUGGGAUACUGGGCAGCGGCUCUGCCCUCCCCCAGCACGGGGCUGGUGGCGAUGGCAGCGGGUGUGACAGACAUCACCACCUACCACACCAUCUUCCUCCUCACCAUCCUGGGUGCCCUGGCCCUGCUCGUCCUCAUCCUCCUCUGCCUCCUCAUCUACUACUGCAGGUCAGUGUCCUGCCCGUGGCACGGGGGUGGGAAUGGGGGUCAGCACCCACCUGUAACCCGGGGGGACCAUUUCCUGGCACCCUAAAACUGGUUAUAGGAGGGGCAGUAUCCUCCAGGUACCCCUGGGUGCCCCAUAUCUGCCUUUGGGAAGGGGGGCACUACCCCAAGGCACCCCUAAGUGCCCUAAAGUUGACUAUGGGGAGGAGGCACCAGCCUGUGGCACCCUUGAGUGCCCUGUAACUAUUCUGGGGGAGUCACCACCCCUUGGAACCCCCAAAUGCCCUCUAGUUGGCUACGGGGAGGAGGCACCAGCCUGUGGCACCUCUGGGUGCUCUUUAGCUGGAUUUGGGAGCCAGACGCUGAUCUCCAGAAACACUGGGUGUUCUACAGCUGGCUUGGGAGGGGGGGACACCACUCCCCAGCACCCCUGGGUUUCCUAUAACUGGAUAUGGGGGUGACACAGGGGUGUCACAGGGGACACAGUGUUGACACCCAGCACCCCUGGGUUUCCUAUAACUGGAUUUGGGGGGUGACACACCAUUCCCCAGCACCCCUGGGUGCCCUAUAACUGGAUCUGAGGAGUGAUACAGCACGCCCCAGCAUCCCUGGGUGCCCUAUAACUGGAUUUGGGGGGGUGACACAAGGUGUCACAGGGAACACAGGGGUGACACCCUGCACCCCUGGGUGCCUAUAACUGGA